CAAUGCAAGUGCCAUAUCCGAGGUCCUCAAGAAACUUCUAAAAGUUCUAUUCUUUUUCUUUCUAUAUAAAUUUACAAAAAUCAUUGUUCUAACUCAGAAAGUCUUGGAAACCCAUUUUCACCAGUUUUUUCUUUGUAAAGUUUGUAACUCUGAAGGAGAGUGAAAAUGGGUAUGGGAACAAGCAAUUUUGUGAUCAGAUGGAUCAACUUUCUUACAAUGCUCUUAGCUAUAGCUGUUGUAAUUUUUGGGGUAUGGAUGAGCACUCAUCAUGAUGGAUGUCGAAGAUCCCUUACUCUCCCAGUCUUAGGCCUUGGUGCCUUCAUUUUUAUAAUAUCCAUAAUCGGGUUCCUGGGGGCAGUGAAGAAGAACACCAUUCUGUUGUGGAUUUACUUGAUUAUGUUAUGCAUCAUUCUGGUGGCGAUCCUGGUAUUCACAGUGUUAGCGUUCAUUAUAACAAAUAAUGGAUCUGGUCACAAUGUGUCUGGAUUGAGAUACAAGGAGUAUCAACUUAAAGACUAUAGUCCAUGGUUUCUUAAGCAGCUGAAUAAUACUGAUAAUUGGAAGCACUUGAAGAGUUGUCUUGUGAAAUCAGAGGACUGCAACAACCUAGCAAAACAAUACAAGACUCUUAAGCAGUAUAAAAUGGCAAAACUGACACCUAUUGAAGCUGGUUGCUGCCGACCACCAUCUGACUGUAGUUAUCCUGUUCUCAAUGCUUCAUACUAUGACUUGAGCUUUCAUCCAAUUAGCUCCAAUAAGGACUGCAAGCUUUACAAAAAUUCUCGGACCGUUAAGUGCUACAAUUGCGAUUCUUGCAAGGCCGGCGUUGCACAAUACAUGAAAACCGAGUGGAGAGUUGUUGCCAUCUUUAAUUUAGCACUAUUUGUUGUCUUGUCAAUUAUAUACUUUGUGGGCUGCUGUGCAAGACGAAAUGCUGCUCGGAGCCAGUCAAAAGUUUGAAAAGAAAAGCGUUGGACUGAAGGAAAAAUGGAGGAAAGAAGAAGUUUGAUUUGAGGGGGCUUGGAAGUUCACAGCUUAAGCUUAUAUUUGAAGUGGCAUAAGCCUAAUGGCAAUCACGUAAAAGUGUUUGUUGUUCUGACGCGAGGGUGAAAAAUCAUUAUUUUUUUCUACUAUCUAUAAUUUAAUUUAAUGGUUCUACUUUUUCAGUAC